GCCAGCCGGGCUGCCCUUUCCCCAGAGCCUGGGCUGCAGGAGGGAAAGGGCACAACCUGCCGAAUGCCAAAGGAGGUGAUUACAUUGGCAGAGGAGCAGUUACUCCCCUUGCGACUCCGGGGAUCCGGUCGCCAGUCUGCAGAGAGCGCUGCCAUGUGAGGCUCCGGCCUGUCCUGGGGGAGAGCGGAGGAUGAGCCCCGUGCCCCCGUCUGCAGCGUCGCCCGGCUGUUGUCACGCGGUACAGGCUGACCCCGUUCCGACCUGCCACCGGCAUUGAGCGGAAGGAUGAACGCUUCCGGGGAUGCAGAGAGCAUCCGGAGGUGCAUCAUCUGGCUCUCAGGCCCACUCUCGCUCGUCAUCAUCCUGGCCAACCUCUUCAUCAUCCUCGGGAUCCUCUGCAACCGGAAGCUGCCCAGGGCCGCCAGCUGGUUCUUUCUCAGCCUCCUGUUUGCUGAUCUCCUGGCCGGGGUGGCCCUGCCCUUCAUCCCCAGGAUGCAGUUUGAGAUUAGCCGGGGCUACCACAGCUGCUUCUUCGUUCACGUGACCCCCAACUACUUCUUCCUCGCCUUCCUGGCCAACCUGCUGGCGGUGCACUACGAGAAGUACCUGUGCAUCCGCUACCCGCUGCACUACCACCACUUCUGGGUGCACCGCUGGGUGCCCCUCUGCCUGCUGCUGACCUGGGCGCUGCCUUUGCUCUUUGCCUGCCUGCCGGUGCUGGGGUGGAACCAGUGGGGACCCAACUCCAACUGCUCCUACAAACAGAUCUUCCCCCCUGCCUACCUCUACCUGGAGAUCUACGGCUUCCUCAUCCCCUCCAUCCUGGCCAUGGCCUUCAUGUCCACCCAGAUGCUGCGGGUGGCCAGGCACCAGCUGCAGGAGAUCAAGAAGGUGCUGCGCUCCGUGCACCAAGGCCAGGGCCCCUCGGAGCUGGAGCAGCAGCUGGAGCUGAGGCACGCCAAGUGCAUCGCCAGCCUCUUCCUGAUCUUCCUGGUGUGCUGGGUGCCCUACGUGGCCGGCCUGCAUGUCUCGGUGCUGGCCAUCCAGAACCACAUCUCCAUUGACAAAUACACCCUCCUCAUCCUCACCUGCGUGGGCAGUGGCAGCGCCGCCGUGGUACCCAUCAUCCUGGGGCUUAGCAACCGCCAGUACACCCAGUUCUGGAGGGACGUGGCGGCCAAGGGCUACGCUGGCUGCAGGGCGCGGUGCUGCGAGCGAGGGGAGGCCGGACGCCACCAGGAUGGGACGUCACAGAGCAGGGCCCCUUGUCCUCCGGCAGAAGGGCUGGCUCCAACUCCCAGCUGACGUCCUGGCCCCUGCGAUGGAGACGCCAAACCUGCGACCGUGGCCUCUUGCCACAAGACAAGGCUGGGAUUCACUGGAGAUGCAGCUGCUGGGGGGUCAACGUGGACCUUCCGGAGGGAUCCAGUGAUUUACUGGGCCGUUAUAUUUUAAUGACUGAGGCGGGUAGGUAACCUCAUCCUCCCCCGCCCACACACGGAGGCUGGGCUGGUCAUUGCUGUUUUCUGCACUUUGGUUGGUCUAAAGAGCAAGCGUGGGUCUCGUGCUCUGUCCAAUCAGAUUUCGGUACGUUCGUUUUUCAAAGCAGGCCGUCGAUUCCGUGAACGAUCUCGGCUUCUGAGUGGCCGGUUCCUCACUACACGAUCCACCCUCCUGCAACCUGAUUGGCUGGGGUGGCUUCCAUCUGGUGUGCUUCCAUCCCACGACGAUGCUCAUCAAUUAUAUUUGUCCCCCGGGGGUAAGACCUGAGUUUCUGGGCUGGUGUGGGACCCGAUCCUGCCAGGGUCUAAAGGGUGCCCUGACCUCUCAGGGUCAGGGCCGCCAGCAUUCUCAGAUCUUUUGCUGAGGUUAACCCCGAGGUGAAUGUGUGACGUUGCUGCGCCCCGUGGGUGCAGACUACAGGGCGACGUCUGAAUCCCUCUAUUCUUGCUGCCAAUGGGGCUGGGAAUUCCUGGGGCCCCAGUACCCUCGCUGGUGCAACUUGAAGAGACUCCCUGCCUCCAAGUGCGAUUAGACGAGAGCACCCCCUAAACAGUGGGGUUACCGCUGCUUGGGUCCCAAAUCGGACUAGGGCCCGGCACCCCCGUGGGGCCAGAGACAGGAACUUCCAGGGCUUAUAUCGCUGCAAGGCAGAGCUCCGUUAGCAGCCGCUUUUCCUUCCUGUUCCCGCUAAGUCGAGCUGCUGCUGUGUCUGCCCGCAGAGCAGGAAACCAGAAACUCCGUUUCCAUGUGGGUAAAAACCGCAGCCCCCAGUGAGCAGCGUUGGCGGAGACAGAAAGUGACUGGCUGGAGACCUUCCUUGGUGGGGAGAGGAGCCUAUGGGAUUCAGGCACCUUCGCCCCCUGUACGCUGGUGCCCAGGGCCGUCUCGGGCCUAGGUGCCCUUCAGCCUGGCUUCAUGCAUGGUCUACCUCAGACCACCUCUCCCGCUGAGAGGCACAAGCGUCAGGCCAUGGAGCAGGGAAGGAGGAUCCCGUGUGGCGGGGUCCCUGCACCUGGAGUGGUCAGUUCUGGGCACACUAACCCCCCCAACCCAGAUCCUGGACUCAGCCCAAUGCCUCCCGCUGCGGGCUAAUGCGUUUGCUGCUGGGCCCUGUUCCUCGUCUUGCUUGUGCGUCACUGGUUGGCAGCGGGGGGAGCCCUGCUGAACGGGGGAGGGAGUCGGCUGAGCCCGGGAUCCCGGCUCUCCUGGAGUGGAUAGUCCGGUUACCGCCUCCUCGCCCGCUGCAGCAUGUUCCCACCCACUGUUUAUCCCACAGCGCAGCUCUUCUGCUUUGCCACUGUUUAUUUUUUUCCAUGACGCUGUUUCCAGGCCUCGUGGGGAACUUCCAUCCCGGCUGGGCCUGCCCCACCAGCCGGCUCCAGGGCCCCGUUUCUGGGCUCCCUCCUUGUUUAGUGGGCGAUUUCUGGGGAUGGCAGUGUUGGGAUCAAGCUGUGUCCCAUCACUCUCCGGACCCGGAUCCAGCCCUGCCCAGGAGCUGGGGGUGGGGGAAGGACCCUGAGGGGGCUGGGACACGCCACGGAGAGACCAGCCCGUUUUUUAUGUCCAGUGGCUGUGAGUGAGGUUAGUGUUGAGGGAAGGGAACAGAGCAAGGACAUCCAGGGCCAGGUCUCUCCAAACGGCUCCACCAGCACCCCCCAAUCCUGAUCCCCAGCCCUCCCAGAUAUUCUACUCCGGGCCCCCACCCCACUCUGCUGAUGUCCCUCCCAGCUGAGCUGUGGCCGCCCCAGGGUGCCCCCACCACCCAGGCCAGGCCGGAGCCAGAUGCCGGAGCGGAGCGAGACGGGCCCCCGACGGCUCUGUACCCGUCAGGUCUCUGGGGACCUGCAGCCACUGGUUCGAUCGCCGAGUCCCAGUGCAUCAUUAUAAACCAGCACGGUGCACAAGAGGCAGUGGUGGGAGGGGGAACCCCAGGAGCCCCCCAAAGCUAGCCAGGGCGAGGACAGUCUGAGGCAGGCUGCCCCCUUCUGUGUGUGUGCAAGGGAUGGAAAGGGGGCGCUCCUUUGUCUAUACAUUUCCUGGGGGUUCUGUUGCCUGCAUGCCCCCCACCUGAGUCCAGGUGCCAGCCUGCAGCACCCCUAUUCUCCCCCCAUUAGCUCUGGAUGUGGGUGUCCAUUUGGAUGCGUCCCGUUCCCCUCUGGAGUCCUGCUGCCCUGAUUGUGGGGUCCCCUUCCCCCCACAGGGCUUCCUUCCAACUCCUGGUGCCCUGAAUCUUCUCUGGGGCCCCCCAGUCAGUCCUGGGGCUCAUAUCUCACACCCCUGGCCCUGGUGCCUGCGUUGUCCCUUCCCCUAUCUAUGCCAUCUCGGAGCCGUGUCCUGUUUUCCAUAUCACCCACCUCUUUGCUAAGCAAAUGGGCGAGCCCCGGGAUUUGCAUAGGGAGCUGGCGCCAUUGGAGAGACACGCAGGGCCUGCUGGCCCUUCACAGCAGCAACGGGACUGGGGGUGCUGCUGCCGCACCCUCUGGCUUGAAGUCGUAAUAACAAACACCAUCAUCCUCCCCGCCCCAGCCCGGUUGGGUCUGUCCCUCCACCUGUUUGCAUGCGCCCUCUCGGGGUUUGCAUAGCCCUGGGUGCGCCUUUCCUGGCUCGCCUGCAGCCCGCCACUUCUGCUGCUGGUCUCGUGGCUUCACUUCCUUCUCUGUUAGCAGGGAGACGAACCAGAGCAGGAGAACCAGUUUGAACCAGUAUUUCUACCUGAACCAGACCCAGAAUUUUCUCCUGCCUGCCAAACCCCCCGGAAAGGUGGCUAACAGAAAGGGCCAGCAUUUUUUGAGCUCACUUUUAAAAAAGCUGCUAGGAUCGUACAUUUGUUAGUAGCCAAGCCAAGGCAAGAGGCAUGUGAUUGUGGCCAGAAAGGCCUGGCCCAGGCCGAUGUGGAUGGGCUGAGACUAGAAGGAGGCCAGCCCCCAAGAGCAGGGAGGGAGAGGGAGGCAGCGGGAGGCCCAGAGCUAGCCGACCACUUUCUGAGACUCCAGCCCAGGGAGAGAAGAGGUGGGAUUGUCCCUUAGCAAUAACUCUUCAAACCCAGGGGGAAAGGUAACGGUUCAUUAAUCCUUCUCCUCCUCCAGCAGGUCUCCUUCUACCCAUCCCCACCCCCUGGGGCAGCUCCUCAUGCCAACUGCCCCAGGCCCCAAGUUCCAAUGUCUCUUUUCACCGCUCGGGUCCAAUAUGCCCGCGCAGGUAUCAGAAGAUGGUUCUUGAGUUCGCGCAAAGUGUUCAUAAAAAAAUGACUGUUUGUUCGACAGCCCAAAAAACACUAGGAAAACUCCUGUGAAAUGAA